GACAGAAAUGAUCUGUAAAUACAACGUCUUUAGUCCCGAUAAAGUAUCCGUGCAGCUCGCAGUAGCACAACUUGGGUCGCGGGUCUAUGGCGUCACGCUAAGAAGGCCGCGGCUGUCCAAUCGGAUCAGUGAAAGCAAGCGGCCCGUACAUGACGCUGCUGAAGUCGGGGAGCUGUUUCUCGUCUGGUCAGCCUCCAUUUUGGGAGUCAAAACACCCAACAAAUAGCAGCACACACACCUCCACGCUUCUCCGUGGCCUUACUAUGGUUCACACAUGUGUGGUGGCUGGCUGUAGGAACAGAAGAACGCCCGGCACCACAUUAUCUUUCUACCGGUUCCCCCGGGACCCCGAGAGGAAGCAGCGCUGGAUUGCUGCUGUGAAUCGGGAGGGAUGGGUGCCAAACGACGGCAGUCGGCUCUGUAGUACUCACUUCAUCUCAGGUAAACAGGUGAAGAACCCGCGCUCUCCAGAUUAUGUUCCCUCUGUGUUCACGACAGCUCCCAUACCCCCGGAGAUGAAGGAGCCAGGUGCCUUAGAGCUCCUGGACAAGCAGGAGGCACAGGUGGAGGCGGCCAAUGCCUUACUGUUCCUGCAGGGCCAGGGCAGGUCUGUGGUGGGGCAGCAGGACCAGGCUGCACAGCCUCCUGAAGAGGAAGCUGGGGAGGAGACUGCUUCCUCUUUCUUCAGCAGCGACGAUGAUGACGAUGACAAUGAUGAUGAAGAUAACCCGGAAUCAGCGAGCGACAGCAAGAAAGGCAAGUUCUCCCAGAAGUCGGACACACCGGUUAACUUCGAUGACAUCCUGAAAGCCCUGAAGAAGGAGAACCAAGCCCUCAGGGAGUCUGUGGAGAAAAUGUCCCUCUCUGAAACCUCCCUGAAGAACGAUGCAGAGAAGGUGAAGUUCUACACCGGCUUGCCCAAUUACUUUGUGUUAGAGACGGUCAUGUGGCUCCUGGCGCCGCACAUGGACGGUAUCAAGAACAUGAAACUCUCCAAGUUCCAGCAGCUGCUGCUGACUCUGAUGCGGCUCCGCCUGGAUCUCCGAAACCAGGACCUCGCCUACCGCUUUGGCGUUAAAGUGGGCACAGUAACCAGGACGGUCCACCGCAUGGUGAACAUCAUGUCCUCCACCCUGGUGCCAACCGCCGUCUUUUGGCCCUCCAGAGCUGAGCUGCGGAAAAACCUGCCCACCGCCCUGCGCUCCUCUCACCCGGACUGUGCCGUCAUUAUAGACUGCUUCACGGUGCCCUUCGAGGAGCCGGUUUCUCGGGGCAACCAGCAGCAAUGGGCUGUGCCAAGUUCUCAGUCUUCUCAGGGGGCGGGGACUAGUAGUAACGUGUUGAAGUAUUUGAUUGGUGUGGCUCCACAGGGUGUGGUCACCUUCGUCUCCAGGGGCGUUUUGGGGAACGUCAGUGACAAGAACCUGGCAGAGGGCUGCGGGUUCCUGUGCAAGCUUCUCCCGGGUGACGUUGUGCUGGCGAGUCGCGAUCUCAAUAUUGGCGAGUCUGUGGCAGCUCGCGGGGCCCUGUUUAAAAUCGCCGGCAGCCACACCGAUGGAGGUGAAGCAUACGGGAGCUCAGGGAGUUCCUUGCUGGCUGACGCUAACCCUGAGACACUGAGCGUACACAGGCAUGUGGAGAAGGUGAUCUCCAUGGUGAAGCAGAGGUACGCCAUGCUGACCGGCCCUGUCGAGAGCCCCUUUACCACAGCCUCCGAGCGCACGUCGAACCUCUCCACCUUUGAUAAGAUUGUGCAGGUUGCCUGUGCCUUAAACAACCUGUGCAUCUCUGCUGCUCCACUAGAGUGACUCGUAGAGAACUGCCUCGUUCUCCUUGUGGCCUCCCUCAGGCGCUUGAGUCCCCUUUACUGCUUUGGAACUUAAUUCUUGUACUCCUGCUACAUCCUUAAGUCAACACUACAUGUUUACUACAGGAAAUUUGCUUGUAAAACUCAUCCACCUCAGUUCACGCACUCACUUAUGCCACCCCCUAUGACCUAGAACAGAUCAGUUCAUGCUUGCAAACAGGAACAGUUUUCCCCAAAGCCAGAAACCAGAUUGCAAAGACGUGAUGUCAUAUAAGUUAUGCAACCAUAAGCGACUCAGCCGACAAUGAAUGAAUGUGUCAGAGAAUGUUUUCUCAAUUUGACUUUUGUUUUACACCAAAUCCUUUCUUAUCUCCAGUGUUAACUCAUAUUUAUCAGACAUUUCUAAGUAUUGAGGUACGGACCUUGGAAUUUUGGGAAGUACACAAUGUUCCCGCUGAGGUAUCCAGUCCUGUGCCAUGAAGAGUCUGCAGCUUCUCAUUACAACACAACACUACAGCAGCGUACUUCCCUGUUUAGCUUUAAGGGAGUUAAUUGGUGAAAGCAGCUGCUGUAGUGAUUUGUUUAAAUGGAAACCUGCAGACGGUCAAAUGGCACAGGACUGAACACCACUGGCUUAGAUGGAACACUGCGUACAAUGCAGAAUUUUUAUUUUUUAAAAAACGGUAAUAUUUAGUGCAAAAAGAAAAGGCAAAUUUAAAUAAAACAACACAAGGAAAAGCGCAUGUAGAACAGCGGCUCUUUGGAAUGAGCAGUUGCCCAAGGAGCCCAACAAUGAGUACUAGAUAUGACCUCCAACAGCAUGGCAGAUGCUAAUUCAGCAUGUUGGGAUCUAAACCUCUCGCAGGUGAUGCUGAGUUUCAAAGUUCAGUGACAGGAAACAAACCUUUUUCAUAGCUCCAGUCAUCUUCACACUAAUCAGUCAACUACAUUUUUGGAAAAACCAAAUAGGACCUUUUACAGGAUGAAAUGGUUAACCUCCCCAGCCUUAUGGAAACAGAGCUCGGCUGAGUUUUUCUGACGAUAGCUUUGGCACAAGAGCACUUCGGGGAGCAGUAGAUGUCCGUUUCGACAAGGGAACUGGCACCGGCUACUUUGCACGGCUAACUCGCCCCUCUCUACAGGGCCUUAUGCUGCUUAGUGCUGAAAUCUUUCUUUCAAAUGGACCAAACAGAAUAAAUUACACACCUGUCACUUCAAUUGUCUUCUCAGGCCAGGUCAGGGUAAGCGACAGAGCAGUGCUGCUAGAGCUGGUGGGGAUUCACUGUCGUGCUUAAAGGCGCUUCAGGUGUGUGUUGACCUGGGUGCUUAAAUUUAGGUCGUCUAGUUUCUCGCCAUGCCACCCUUCUGCUGAAUGAUGCCUGUUUAAGUGUUGCAGCUCAGUUAUUGAACCUCCUAACCAAAGAGGAAGUUUUCCAGCUUUUCCACUUCAUUCUGAGGAGGUACACAUUUGUCUGACAUCACAGGUUUGAGGCUGGGACAAAGUCGGUUAUGUCUGGAUAAACUGUUCAGUAAUUAAGAAAAAACAACUGUCCUAGACCAUAGGCAAGCAUAUGAGUGCUGAAAUCCAGUGGUUUUCCUCUUCCUAUACACGUUUCUGCAGUUCUUUACACAGUUUCACAACAUAAAGGCAUCACUGAACGAGUUUUUUUGAGAGGAACUGAAAUUUAGACGGUCUGUCUCAAUUCAGUUUCUUUUCACCGAGGUCGAAGAGUUGUGGAAGAGGCUUUGGUUGUGCUUUGCUGAGAUGAGCUCAACAUCCGUUGCGGCACUUGGAGAAUGCACAUUUAAUCUGUGUUGGAAUGAAUCUCAUUGGCUUUGUUCGAUGCGUUCUGUGUUUGCUCUAAUUGAUUGUAAUCGUUUUGGACCAUGAUUGUAUAUUGCAGAAAUGUUUGUGUUCGCCACAAAAUAGAAUUGGAGGCUAUUUCAAGAAGUAGGAGUACCAAGCUAGCAAGGUGGAACACGAAGAAGGAUGAUUUGAUUAAUUUUCUCAAAUUGUUCAUCAAAUUAAACUUGGACAUGGGAUCGUGUGCCUAUUAUGUAGCCACAUGAGCUGAUAAAUUCUCUUUUCGCACUUGAGAAAAUGCCUACCGGUGAUUUCAGAGUGACCUGCAGUACUAAGUAAUCCUGCUUUUUGAAAUGCCCCUCCAAAUCCUCCAUUGCUGGUGCCUUCGUUUGUAAAGCUGGUACUGCUGUUCACGAAACAGCCCUCAUUUUCUACAGAUAUUUAUUUUUGCAUCAUACAGAAUGCUUCUAGAUCCUUCCCUGGUUUUGUUAUGGUAAACACUUAUAUCCAAUUAGCACUGUAGUAUGAAGCAUCUUAAUUCUUUGUUACCUGAAUGUUGUUAUCCUUAGGCACUAUUUGCUGAACAUAUGCGAAAUAAGAAAUGUUCCUCUUACUCAUAUUAUUUACUAUGGAAGAGCAUUAGGGCCACAAAACAAACAAUCCUGGCCCUAAUCCUCCUCCAAAAUUUCCACCCCUUUACCAUCUAAUAUGUAUAAAUUCCAAAUGAUGUCAAGUUGCUAUAUAUGUGUCUUUUAUAAUGUUAUGAGAUGUUGGGGAGCGGGAUAAUACAACAGUGGUUCUUAAGCUUUGGUUUGGGACCCAGAAUGAGAUGUGAACCUGUUUCUAGUAGUUUUUGUUGUGGCAAGAAUAGUGCACUCCAGUAAGAGAGACUCUUUUUUUUUUUUUUAAACUAAACCCUCCAUUUGGGUCCCAAGCUUAAAAAGUUGAAGAAGCCCUGCUGGUUAAUAUGCAGUGUUGGAUUCAGAGAGGCAUGCCAAUGGUAGCACCCAGUGAAAUGUGCCUUCUCUUCUCUCACCCCUGGUCUUUCAUGGAUGGCAUGCACGUCUGUCUACAUUGUCAGGUCUCCUUUGAAACACAUCUCCAAGCGCUCAUCAGCACGAUUCUCAUAUAUGUCCAUGUUUGGUGCUAGGCGCUCAUCGCUGCGGUGUUUGUGCACCGCGCUUUCCAGAGAUCACCUGUCAAUCAAACAAUAUGGGCGGUAUCUUUUUUCCUUGAAUUUUCUGUUGAUGGAAUUUCUUUCUUUUGUCUGUUCAGCCGAGGUGGCUACUGCUCCUCGUGCUAAAUACCUUUUUCUUCCUCUGUUAAAUCCACACAAACCUCUGCUGCCGGAAAACGCAUCACUUGGUGUGCAGCAGAGGUUGUUAUUCCCAAGGAAAGAGCUACCAGACACUAAGUGUUUAAAAAAGCAAAUGUAAAAGCUUUCAUGAACUGGCUAGAGGUUGAAUCAUUAAUUGUUUUAUAUUUGCAAUGUUGGGUCAUCAGCAAAUCUUCCCCUGCUAAAUAAAAGUAAAGAAUAAUGACCCUGGACACAGUAAAAAAACAUGACCUGUGGCAGUUUUGCAUGUUCAAAGUGUCACUCUUUGCCAUUAGAUUUUCAAAAUAGUGGCAAGUGAUGCUUCUGCAAACUAACCAAUGACGGUGGAUGACUGUUCAUAAGCUAUUACACGAAAAAAAAAAAAAAAAUUACAAAGGUUCUAUCGAAGGAAAAUAUAACUUAAACACUGGGAACAAUUGAGAAAAGCGGAGCAAAUAUUUU